AUGUCGCGUCGCGGCCCUUCACUUAUGGCGCUCGCCCAGGAGCGCCGCGUCAAUUUGUUGUUUGAGGCAUCUGCCGGCGGUGGUAUUCCUAUCGUCGGCUGCUUGAUGUCCCAGUUGUUGGCCAACGACAUCCGUUCCAUCCGAUCCAUAAUCAACGGCACCACCAAUUACAUCCUGACGCGGAUGGCCCGCAGCCAGACACCGUUCGCCGACGCCCUGGCCGAAGCCCAGAGUCAUGGGUACGCCGAGGCAGACCCUACCAAUGAUAUUGAAGGGGUCGAUGCCGCUUACAAGCUGUCCGUACUGGGCAGUCUGGCCUUCCACCGUCCGAUACCGCACCAGUCCAUCUACACUGAAGGUAUUAGCCGGCUCGCGCCGGAAGACUUCCGAUACGCCGCCGAACUGGGCUACGCCAUCAAGUCCCUGGCCAUCGCUACCGCCGAACCCAACGGCCUGGUGCAGGCCCGCGUUCAUCCCGCCCUGGUGCCGCAAGACCACCUGCUCGCCAAUGUCGACGGCGUGUAUAAUGCUGUUGAAGUUACGGGCGACCUGUGCGGUCAAAUCAUUCUCCACGGCCAGGGCGCCGGUCGCGAGGCGACCACCAGCGCCGUCAUGGGCGACAUUCUGAACAUCCUGCGUACCAUUGGUAACGCGGAAGGCCCGCCGCCAUUUCCGACACUCGAUGGCGACUACGGCACGGCGGGUAAUUCAGUUCGACCCAUCGACGAGCUGGCCAGCGCUUAUUACAUGCGUCUCACGUGCGCCGACCAGGCUGGUGUGCUGGCCCAGAUAGCUCGCAUCCUGGGGGACGGCAACAUCUCUAUCGCAACGGUCAUUCAAAAAGAUACCGAUCCCGGUGGUGGGACCGCACAACUGGUAAUCACUACUUAUCCGGCCCGGGAGGUUGAUGUUCAAUCCGCUUUGGCAGUGGUUGCUGAACUGGAUGUUGUCGUUGGCGUCAACAACCUGAUCCGCAUUGAACCAUAA